AAUAAUACAAUUUAGUAGAUCUAAAAUGGCAAAAAUCUUGCUCAGAUUCCCUCGUCGCGCCUGUCCUUUCUGCCGCCGCGGGUAGGGAUGGAAGGGGGAGAGGAGAGAAACAUGGAGGGGCGGAACAGCAACAGGAAGAAGAAGAGCGACUCCGCCGAAGAGGUCGCAGGCGACAAGUCGAAGAAGAAGAAGAAGCAGCAGCAGCAGCAGCAGCCGAUCAAGGUGGUGUACAUCUCGAACCCCAUGAAGGUGAAGGCCACCGUCGACGAGUUCCGCUCCGUCGUCCAGGGGCUCACCGGCCGGGACUCCGACCUCGAGUCGUCCCUCUCCAAAUACGGCGACGACGGGCCCCCUGAACUGCCGGAAGCGGAGGCGUGCGCCGGCUCCGCCGGCGCGGAUCUGAGCGGGGAAGCUUCUGCGAAGCAAGUGGGGGAGUGCGACCACUUCGAAGACGACGACGACGAGUUGCCGGAGUUCUUGCCCUCUCCGCCGGCUUACUUUGAGCUACAAGGAGCUUAGGAGCACAGGAAGUCGAGCGGAAGACGCAAUUAGCAAGAAGGGUGAUACGGGAAGAGAGCCGACGGGCUUGGUGCAUCCGAGGGACUAGGUGCUGAGGAAGAAUAUGUUGGUGGACGAGAACGUACGCGACGUUCAAGGGAC